GUGGGAACGGGAGCGAGAGGCAGCCGGGUCUGUGGCUUGAACAGAUCAGAGGGCAAAGGAGUCAACAGGAUAGUGGGUCUUGGUGUGUAGAGGAACCCACCCUGCCCCGAGUUAGCACCUGCACAAUGGCAGCCCCUGGUCCCUGCUCUGCAGCAAUGGGGAAAUCCCGGAGGACGGGGUGGCCCCGUGUCAGAGGCUACCCUGCCCAGAGAGUGAGGAGGGAGCCGGGGGCACGCCGGGGAGCUGUCUGUGCAGAGCGGCCCAGAAGAGGAGGCGUCAGACAUGCACGAGGAGCCUCAGAUCAGAGGUGGCAGCUCCCUGGGGCACUCCCAGAGGGGGAGCUGGAUGCAGAGCCCAGGCCGGGAGAGGAGGGAGCAGGCCGUGAGGAGCUGCAGAGAGCAGGAGAUGGCAUUGUGGACAGGGCGCUGCGCUCGCCCUAGGCACCUCUGCGCUGGCGAGGAACCCACCGAGGUGGGCAGAGGGAGCGAGCUGUGAGGGCCUGGCCGACCUCGCUAGCUAAACGACUGCCAGGAGGGGGCAGUGGCCGAGGGGAGGGCUGGCAUGGACCACACAGGCCGGAGCAGAGCAGGGAGGAACGGCCCCAGGAGACUGGCAGUUUGGCGGCGUCUCCCAGAGGCAGGGGUGGGAGCCCCACCACUGAGACGCGUGUGGCUGGACUGGCCGAGGCACUCAGCCCUGCACUGGCAUCCAGGGUGGCCCGACAGGGCAUUUGUCUCAGGCCCACUGAGUCCGAAGGGAAACAAUGGGUGAGACAGGAGGCAAAGGAGGGGUGGGGGCAGAAGCAGGAGGCGGGGCUAAGUGGGUGGUGGGUGUGGCCGUGGGAGUUGGGGGUGGAGCUGGGUAUGCACCUUCCCUACUUAUUUCCUUGCCGGGGAGCAGCCACAGCCCGGUUGGUGGCUGCCCUGCUGUGGCUCUGUCGAUACCUCGCCGGGAUGUCUGCCUCGGACAGAGUGGUCGUGGUGCUUGGGGGGGCUGGCACGGUGGGAUCCGGGAUAGUGAAGUCACUGCUGGAGAGAGGUUUCCAAGUCGCUGUUGUCUCCCGCGAUGGAGCCAGGCUGGAGAAACUGAGAAGCUUUGUGCCGGCGCCAGCCCGUGACCGUCUGCACACGCUCGUCGGGGACGUGGGGUCCGAGGAGGGAGCGGAGGCCACCAAGGGAGCCCUGCUGAAGAGCGUCGGGAAGGUCACGGAUGUGGUGUCGUCGCUGGGCUUCAGCUGGUGGCAGGGAGGGCCUCCCCACACUCAGACGCUGCAGGAGCUCCACUGGGUCCUGGAAACGCUGCUGCUGAGCACCUUCACGUCCUGGAAAGCAUUCUUCCCUCUGGUCAAGGAGAAUCCCAGCGGCUCCUACACCUUCAUCACAGGAGGGGCUGGUGAGCGUCUCCUCAUGCCAGGCACCGGGUUCCUGACACUGGGGGCCGCGGGCGCACUGGCCUUCUGCCGGGUGGUCCGGGAGGAGUACCCAGACGUGCCCUGCAAGCUGAACGAGGUGAAGAUUGACAUGGGGGUGGCAACCCCGGAGCGUUUGCGCCCCGGCUACGUGAGUCACCUGGAGGUGGGCGAGGCAGUGGCCUCCCUGGUCGAGAAGGGGAGCGUCUCCCACGCGGUGCUGUGCGCCAGCUCGCCAGCUGACCUGAAGACCCUGACCCUAGAAGGGAAGAUCUGAGGCCUUUGCGAAGCCCUCUUGAACUGUGUGCGCUCUAAGCGCCCCCUGCUCCCUUGUACAGGGCUCCUGGUACAUCUGCCCCAUGCUCCGGUCCCCGGCCGGGAUGGGUGGGCUCAGCUGGGAGUCGACUCUGAGCAGCAGCUGUCUUGCACCGCGUCACUCUGCUCUCUGGCUCGCCGCCUAGCGAGGGUAGCUGAUGCCUGCUUUCCCUGCUGGGGACCCAGGACCCUCUUCUCUCUAAGCCCCUUUCUCUCCUCCCUGGCCCAGCGGAGGAAGGGCCAGGCUAGGCGUGGGCAGAGGGGAGGCACGAGCAGCUGCUGUGGCUGGCACCUUCACUCCCAAACCCUGGCCGGAAUUCGGGCUGGGCACAGAAACGGCUGGUGCAGCAGGCGGUUCUGUGAAGAGCAGCCGUGGCCCCAGCAGAGGGGGAAGCCAGCCCCAAGCACCCUGCUCGCUGUGGGGUCCCCAGCAGCCAAAGGCCAAGCCCCACAUUUCAGUUCCUUCUCCAGCCAGCUGUCUGCUCUGUUGAGUCGUGCCCAGCUGGGCAGGUCCGUCCUUCCAGCCAGCGGGUGGCCUGCCCUCCCCAGCCUGCCCUACGUCCCCUCCGCCUCUCAGAGGCUGCGAUUUUAUCAGGCCCCUUCCACGCUGUGAGCUACCAUGCUCGGUGUCCCAUCCUUGAAGCAGGGGAGCUCGGGGUGCUCACGAGACAUGCAGCCCCAGGCCCUGGUGUUGGUUCCUCCAUCGUAGCGUAGCUCUGAAAAGUCAUGUUCUCCAGUUGGCACAAGGCCUCCUGCCCCAGGGCUGGGCACAUUGUCUGCCAACCUCCGCCCGGCUCUCUGCUCCUGGAAGAUGUGUCUCGUGGUUGCAUUGUUUUGCAUGUUUAAAUAAAUGUUAUUUGUACAAACACCAUCCUG